AUGGCUUCAGGCACUCCAUCUGAGACGGCCAAGGCUCAGGCCACCGCCGAUUCAAACGCACCCAGCUUUGAGUCUAUCGGAAUCAAGAACAACAGCAUCAACCAGAAGUCUGGCAUCUCCCUGUCACAGCAGCAGAAGGUUUUGGUCGGCAGCGUUCUCGAUCUCUUUGAGGGUAAUCCGACUUUGAAGCACCUGUCGCUGUGGUCCAAGAACGCUACCUUUCAGGACAACAUCACCGUCGCCGAGGGGUACGACAAGUACGCUGCUCAGUGGUACGGGCUACCAGCACUAUUCAACCCUAUCAAGAUUCAAUCGCAUACUGUCACGUCAGCUGGUAACCCGAUUGAACUUGAGCUAAAGAACAGCUACACCGUCAAGGGCGUCAAAACGGAACAGACCAUGGAAAGCGUCGUGCAAAUCGAGGUCGGAGAAGAUGGCAAAAUCGUCAAGGUCAACGACAAGUGGAACAAUAAUCUUCCCGACGGAGUUUUUUCACAGGCUUUGCGCAAGUUGAAUGCUGUCACUGUACCGGCGUUUGUGAAGGUCCCCAAGAACGAGGAGGAGGACCAGAAGCUGAAGGCUGAGCGAGAGAAGCAAUAG